UCUAUCACAAUGAUUUGGAAAUUGGUUAAUUUUAGUGCUCUCCUUAUUGGAGCACUCACAUCCCCAACUCCAUCUCCGUCCCCCAACACUAACACUGACGAGGGACCCUGUCGCAUCUACAGCUCAGGCCGCUCAGCAGACUGUCUGGGAAGACAGCUCAACAGUGUCCCAUGGAGACAAUUUCCAUCCACACUGGAAGACAUAGAUCUCUCCUACAAUAAGCUUCAAGCUGUCGAUGCGAGCGACUUCCUCCGUCUCCCUCAGCUUCGCAUCCUUAAGUUGCAGUACAAUAACAUUUCACAUAUUGACAAGGAUGCCUUUAAAAACAACCUACUACUGGAGUAUCUUAACAUCUUUAAUAACUCACUGCAGGAAAUUCCUGCCACAGCUCUCACUCCUCUCUUGAAUCUAAAAGAACUCUACAUGUCCAACAACAUUUACAAACAUGCCACUUUAGCUGACAGUUUCUCCAAAUUUGUCAAACUCCAAGUUCUGUCUAUGGGUGGCCCUUUGGUGAUGGGACUAAAGAAAGCGGAUUUUCAGUCACUGAAAAACAUUAAGUUACUAGGUUUUGCCAUCAAAUGUUCCUCCAAUCUAAGUUACUACGAGCCUGGAAGUUUAGAAGUCAUCCAGACAAUGCAGAUGAGCUUUGAUAUGGCCAUAGAUCAACAGCCAAAAGCUCUCCCUCUUAUGUUACGUGACCUUGCCAACAAGACCUUCAGUGUAAUCCAGUUCCGCAACCUCUUUGAGUUCAUGUACUACAUGGGAGAGGAGGACAUUUUUCGGGAUUUGAAAUACAUCACAGCCCAUCAGCUCAUCUUUCACAGAGGUAAAUUCAAUGAGAACCUCAUGAGGAUGGCUUUAAUUAACUUACAGGUCACUCCUAUCAAAAGUUUGAAACUACAGUACAUAGACUUUGCCCGAUCACCCACAUUUGUUGAUAGUGGAGCAGGUUCAAGCAUCACAGAUCUGGUACUGGAUAAAUUGGAUCUUUGGUAUAUCAGCAAUCCUGAUAUCCUGCGAUUUGACUGGAGCUUCACUUGGUUCAACAAAAUUAAGGAACUGUCUAUUCAGUUUGUGUACUUUAACUCUGUGCCCUGUGAUGCCUGGACUGAGAUGCAACGUGUGGAGUUUCUGGAUGUCUCCAAUAAUCGACUCAAAAAUGAGUUCAUCUUCAACCAGCUGUGUCAUUACAAGGGCAUCAUGCCAAAUCUUCACACCUUCAACAUAAACAACAACGACUUGACCAGCUUAAAAGACAUGUCAUCACUAACAAGGGAGUUCCAGCAGCUGCAGGUGUUGGAUUUCAGCAACAACAAACUGGGAUCUGUUGAAAACAGCCAGGAAUGCAUUUGGCAGAAAAAUAUCACUCGGCUUAUUGCUCACCACAAUCAAUUUGUGAGUGAAGCCCUCCUUUGUCUGCCCACUACAGUGCACUACUUGGACCUAUCCUACUGCAACCUGGACCAGCUGAACAUGGCGUACUUCGAGAAAGCCACCAACCUGAAAGAGCUCCUGCUAAGUGGGAAUAAAAUCAAGUUCAUCCCAUCCAAGUGGGAAAGUCCGUCACUGCAGUCACUAGCUUUGGAUGGGAAUUCGUUUGGUCUCAUUAGCAAGGCAUCCUUCCAGGACAUGCCUCAACUGUCUCACCUGAGGGCAGGGAACAAUCCUUACCAUUGCACUUGUGAGCUCCAUGCUUUUGUCCAGGACACAUUGUCAAAAGGAAAGGUUAAUCUCACAGAUUGGCCUUUAAAUUACAGGUGUUACCACCCAGAGCCCUUACUCAACACAGUCAUAUCUAAAUACUUUCCAGGUCAAGUAGCGUGUGAUAUCAGACUAGUUAUCAUCAUCAGUGUUGCGACCACUGCAGCGGUAAUCUUGAUACUGAUGCUGAUUUGCUAUAUUUUUGACCUCCCAUGGUACACUAAAGCCACUUAUCAGAUCAUCAGGGCCAGAUACAGAGCUCACAAGGAAAAUGCAGCGGGGGAAUUAGGGACUUUUACUUAUCAUGCCUUCAUAUCCUACAGCCACUCUGAUGCAGACUGGGUGAGGGACCAGCUCUUGCCCUUCUUGGAGAACAGGAACCCCUAUCGUCUGUGUAUCCAUGAGAGGGACUUCAUGCCAGGAAGGUGGAUCAUCGACAACAUUAUUGACAACAUUGACAGCAGUCGUAAGGUAAUAUUUGUCCUCUCCCGGCACUUCAUUAACAGUGAUUGGUGCAACUAUGAGCUGUAUUUCGCUCAGCAGAGAUCAAUGGGAAAAACCUUCAGUGACGUCAUACUAGUGGUGAAGGAGCCCAUUGAUCCCAGCUCCUUGCCCAGCAAGUACUGUAGGCUUAAGAAGAUGCUGAGUAACAAGACGUACCUGGAGUGGCCCCAGCAGGUCAACCAGCAGGUCUUUUUCUGGGCACAGCUAAAGAGUGCUCUGGGCAAGCCAACAAUGACCAGAGAGGGGCGCCACAGUGUUAAGAGCAGAAACUCAUCUAUGGAAUGUGUUUCUGUUAUUGGGCCCGAGAUAGAAGACAGGAGGCCAGAAGUAGAAAACCCAAAUGCAGACAAAGCUGGACCCCAAAACAACAUACUAAAUAAAAACAAUUUUAUUAUGACAAAUCAAAUAUUAAUAACUACAUAUGCAAUUCUGGAUUUCACACUGGGCCAGUGGGACAGUGUGACCAGUGAACCGGGGCCUCGGACAUCCUGGGCACAGUACUACUGUACAAACAUUAAUUGUAGGACUGAAAUGUGUUCCCAACUGCAAACCGCUAUGGAGAACCUCAUCACAGUGUUCCACUCAUAUUCUGGAAAAGAAGGUGACAAGUACAAGCUGAGCAAAGCCGAGCUGAAGAGCCUGUUACAGGGAGAACUCACAGACUUCAUGGCAGCCAGCAAGGACCCCAUGGUGGUUGAGAAGAUUAUGAAGGACCUGGAUGAAAACCAGGACGGUCAAGUAGAUUUCCAGGAGUUUGUCGUUCUGGUUGCUGCACUGACUGUUGCCUGCAAUGAGUUCUUUGAAGACUUCGAUAAGAGCAGCAAGGAGGACCAAGGUUCUAAGGAAGCUUAAUAUUUCACAUCUAAUCAACUUUCUUUAUACCAUUUAUACUAACAAUAUAGUCAAGCUAUGGAUGUAAAUGUCCAAAUCACUCAACUGCAGCACUUUGUACAAAAGAUGCAUCACUUAAGUGUCUUUGUCCUAAAAGCUUAAUAAAGACCUUAUCCUGUU